CUAUUUAUACACCUUGAUUACUUCCCAUCAAAUAUUGUGCGAGCAGGCAAGGUUUUUGCUCCAAGCCAGGUGAAAAGCAAAUCGUGCUUAUUUCGUGACGAAUCCUGCAGACUGUGCAGCCGCAAGUGUUUCCGUGCGCUGACGAGCACGCUCAGCAUCGAAAGCCGUUUAACGCGAACCGCGUUCAGCACGGCACACGCGUUCGUACCUCGCCAUCUGCCAUUCGGAUUUCGCAGUUUCCCAUUGCUGCCCGUCGGUGCCGAGAGCGAGAGCGAGAGAGAGCGAAGGGAGCGCGAAAAUUGUGACAGUGUGAAAGAGUGCGCGCUAGGCAGUGCAAGCGAGAGUGUGAGUCAGGGCCGCACACACAGCACACAGCACGUUUUGUUCAACUCCCAGAAGUUUUGCCUCACCGUACGAAAAUGGCGUCGAUAGAUUCCCAGUCGAAAAACCGUAUGCAGGGUUUUAAAAACAAAGGAAAGGACCAGGAUGAAAUGCGUCGGCGACGAACGGAGGUUACGGUGGAGCUGCGCAAAAACAAACGCGAAGAGACGAUCCUCAAGCGACGCAACGUUCCUCAGACCACAGAAUCGACCGACGAGGAGGACUACACACUACAGUCGAACCUGAAGAAGCUGGUCGAGAAGGCCGGCAACAGCAGUGACAAAGAGGGCCAGCUGGCGGCAGUUCAGGCCGCCCGUCGCCUGUUGUCGUCGGACCGCAAUCCCCCGAUUAACAAUCUCAUCGACAGCGGCAUUCUCCCGAUCUUAGUCAAUUGUCUCGAGCAGGACGACAACCAGGUGCUGCAGUUCGAGGCGGCGUGGGCGCUCACCAACAUCGCAUCCGGCACGGCCGCACAGACGAACCAGGUGGUGCGGGCCGGGGCCGUCCCGCUGUUCCUGCGCCUGCUCAACUCGCCGGCCCCGAACGUGUGCGAGCAGGCGGUGUGGGCCCUGGGCAACAUCAUCGGCGACGGGCCGAGCCUGCGCGACUACGUGAUUAAGCUGGGCGUGGUGCAGCCGCUGCUGUCCUUCAUUCAGCCGGAAAUUCCGAUCCCCUUCCUGCGCAACGUCACCUGGGUGAUCGUGAACCUGUGCCGCAACAAGGAUCCGCCGCCACCGGCCGCCACGAUUCUCGAGAUUCUGCCGGCGCUGAACAUGCUGAUCCAUCACACGGACAUCAACAUCCUGGUCGACACGGUGUGGGCGCUGAGCUAUCUGACCGACGGGGGCAACGAGCAGAUACAGCUCGUGAUCGACAGCGGCGUGGUGCCGAAGCUGAUCCCGCUGCUGUCGCACGUCGAGGUUAAGGUACAGACGGCCGCGCUUCGUGCAGUCGGUAACAUCGUCACCGGCUCGGACGAUCAGACACAGGUCGUGCUGAACUGUGACGCUCUGUCGCACUUCCCCAAACUUCUGACGCACAGUAAGGACAAGAUCCGCAAGGAGGCAGUAUGGUUCCUGUCGAACAUUACGGCCGGAAAUCAAUCGCAAGUGCAGGCCGUCAUCGAUGCCGGUCUGCUGCCGAAGGUGAUCGAAAAUCUGAAGCACGGCGACUUCCAUACGCAGAAGGAGGCAGCCUGGGCGAUCAGCAACCUGACGAUCAGCGGCAACCGUGAACAGGUGGCGCAGCUGAUCAACGACGGUGCCGUGCCGCCGUUCUGCGAUCUGCUAAUGUGCCAGGACUGUCAAGUGAUCAAUGUUGUAUUAGAUGGUAUUAACAACAUGCUGAAACUGGCCGGCCCACAUGCAGAGCACGUUGCGAAUCUGAUCGAGGAAUGCGACGGUGUGUCGAAGAUUGAAGUUUUGCAGAAUCACGAAAAUGUCGAAAUUUACAAGCUCGCGUAUGACAUCAUUGAGCAGUUCUUUUCGGACGAUGUUGACGAAGCGGUCCUGGAAGACCUUAGACCGGCAGCUGACGAGAACGCGUUCCAGUUCAACCAGAAUCCGAACAUUCCCCGCGACGGGUUCAACUUCUAAGCUACGGAACAGAAUCACGACGGAGGGAAUGGGAUUCUGCAAUCGCACAUCAGAUUCACGAAUACUGCAAGACACGGAUACUUUCGCGAACGUCAGCAACCAUUAUGGUGGUGUUUGUUUCGCUCGCCGCGGGCAAGAGACACACCACCAGUACGUCACAGCAGACUCCGAAUACGAACACACAACUUUUAGGACUUGCUUUUGCACGACUGCAGCAUCGCUGAGAAGAAAGAGAGGAGCAUUUAUAUGGUAAAUUUUAAUCUGCUCGGCUAUCUCCCAACAACAGCAGAAAUAGCAAAACAGCAGCAGCAUCAAAGAAAUUCUUUGUUAGGGACAAAUGAGCGAGGAUCGUCCGGUUCUUGUAAUCACUUAUUUUGACAAUAUCAUCUUCACCAGCAAAUGAUUUUGGUGGAAACAGUA